UGUCACCGAAGUACGUGACGAUCGAAUUCCUAUCGGAAUCAAUCCGGUCCGACGACAUGAGCCGCAAAGGGACCUUUGCGUUGUAAAGACAAGGUAAUCUAGCUGGCCCGUACUAUAAAAUGCUAGUAUCCCAUCGUCCGCGGGGUUGAUAGCCAAAGGAAUCUCACAAUGCCAUUGAACAAGGUGAUUAUAGUCGGCGCAGGUCCUACCGGCCUAAUCCUAGGCCUCCUCCUCGCCAAACAAGGAAUCCACGUCGACAUCCUCGACCCCGGUGCAACACUCGACAAACAACCCCGUGCAGCACACUAUGCCUCUCCUGCGGCUUACGAACUCGACCGUGCCGGCGUCCUCGACGAUGUUACGGCCCGCGGGAUCAAUCACAAGAAAAUGAUCUGGAGAAAGGUUGACACGGAUAUAGUGGCUAUUAUGCGUCUGGAUCGUAUGCCAGAGGAACGUAAGCGGCAUUCUCUGGUGGUGCUUCCGUUGGGUCAGUUGGGAGAGAUUCUCUAUGAACAUCUACAGCGGCAACCGACGGUGAGUGUGAGAUGGUCGCAUAGGGUUGUUAAGGUGGGGCAGGAUGGGGAUAAGGCUUGGGUUGAUGUUGAGACAGGGGAUAGUAAGAAGAGAUUCGAGGCGGAUUAUGCUCUUGGAUGUGAUGGGGCGAGUAGUACCGUGCAACGAGAACUAUUUGGAUCCGAGUAUCCAGGCGAGACUUUGGAUGCGCAGCUUGUCGCUACAAACGUCUACUACAACUUCGACUGCUACAACUACACAGACACAAACUUCAUCAUCCACCCCAAGAACUUCUACAUGGCUGCGUGCAUCACUGUAGACGGCCUCUACCGCGUAACCUACGGCGACACUCCCGGCCUCACGCGCGAAGAAUUUAUCGCCCGCCAACCAAUGCGCUACAAGGAGAUCCUCCCCGGAAACCCCAAACCAGGCGACUACCAGAUCACGAACAUCAGUCCAUAUCGGAUGCAGCGGCGGUGCGCACCGUCGUUUCGAAUGGGACGGGUAGUUCUUGCUGCGGAUGCGGCGCAUGUUUGUAAUCCAUUCGGUGGUCUAGGCCUCACCGGCGGUAUUGCAGACGCAGGCAGCCUCUUCGAUGCACUAAUGGGCAUUCACAUGGGCCUUUCUGAUGAUAGCAUCUUGGAUAAAUACAGUGAGGUGCGGAGGAAAAUCUGGUCGGAUGUGAUUGAUCCCGCGUCUAGGGAGAAUCUUCGACGGCCGCAUGAGCAGGAAGCAAGUACUGCGCGGGAGAAUGAUGAAUUCUUUAAGCUUUGUGUGAGGGCUGAGGCGGAUGAGGGGCUUGCGGGGGAGUUGCCUAUGGGACUGGAGGUGCUGAGACAUGACAUGACCCCAAUAUUACAACAAGAAACCGGUCACUGUCAAUGUUAAGAGUAAGCUCUGACUGUUUAGAGCUUACAUUGACUCAUGUUUUGAAAUGUGUUCAAUAUAAUCUAUACAAAAGGUAUCUAAUGUUUAUACAUAACAUCAUCGGCAUCGCAUCACAUUUACAGCAUUGGCUUCAAGUCAUCGGCAACAUUGAAAGGAGCAGCAGUCUUGCUGCGGAUCUCAUCAACCGAGACACCCUCAGCGUGCUCGGCCAGGGUCAAACCCUCAGUAGGGCUGACGUUGAAGACAGCGAGGUCGGUGAUGAUCUUCCACACGCAGCGGGGACCGGUAAGGGGGAAGGAGCAGUCUGCAUCACA